AUGAAAAUCUCAUACUCAAGUGGCUGCAAAUCGCUUGGUACUUUCAUAUGUGCUAAAGCAUCCUGUAAAGGGAAAGCUGGAGGCAGUGGAGUUAAAAUCUCACGACGACAAGGGACUUUUUUUGAAAAUGUAACUCUUGAUAUGCCCCACAUAUAUUACCUCAUAUAUGCAUAUUCACAAGGAUGGUCUUAUAAUCAAACAAUCCAUGAAGACCCAUAUAAACGACAGAGACAACAAUGUUUAAGCCCAAAUACAAUAUGUGAUUGGUACAAUUACUGCAGAGAGGUAGUUGUUAUUUACUACCUCGAGAAACAGAAUCAGUUUACUGGAAAGAUUGGUGGCCCUGGUAAAAUUGUACAAAUUGAUGAAAGCAAAUUUGGAAAACGAAAAUACAAUAAAGGACGUCACAUCGAAGGCCACUGGGUGCUCGGUAUGAUAGAAGAUGGGUCUGAGGAUCUCAGACUAGAGGUGUGCCCGGACAAUAUUAGGUCUGCUGAGCAUGUGUAUAAAAUAAAUUAA